CCUGUAAUCUGUUGAGUUCUCUUUAUGACUACUAGGCAUUACUGUCACAAGCAUUGCGUUUUACUUAUUCAUUUUCACUAAUUCUGAUACAGCUACAACGAUAAGUGUUUUUUUAUAAACAGACUACAGUAAUUACCUAAGUUUAAACUAAUGAGUAUAAUUUUUUUAAAUUAAUUUAAUACGUUUUUUUUCAUUAUGACCUCUUUUGGUUUUGGGCUUAGUGAAAUAAUUAGUAUACCAUCAGUUUUCAAAGAAAAUAGCACUAACAGUACGUCAUUUACUGAACAUACAGUUUGGUGUAUUGAUUGGCGUCCGUCACAACAUUGGAUGUUUCAGAUAGCUAAUGUUCUGUUUUUUGUAUCAUACUCUGUGCCAACUAGUUAUUAUGGCAUAUUAUUUAUGCACUCAACAUUAAUUGCAGGUUUUCUUAUACUCAUUACUUGGGCAUGGAGAAUAGUGUGUGCACCUGAUUUAUUCACUUGGAAUUUAUGUUUUCUUUUUAUUAAUAUUCUACAACUAAUUUAUCUUAUUUAUCAAAGAAGACCGAUUAAUUUUAAUCCAGAACUUGAACAAAUUUAUCGUAACAUGUUUAAGCCUUUCAAGAUUACUAGAAUUCAAUUUAAGAAAUUGGUGAGUGAACAAUUUGCUCAGAUUGUUACCUUACACAUAGGUGAGGCUUAUGCUAUGCAAAAUAUCACAAAAACUGAUAGACUUGGACUGCUUAUGUCUGGAAAAGCAAAUGUUCUACAAGAUCAUCAACUUUUACAUCCCAUAGGACCGUGUGAGUUUUUGGAUUCUCCUGAAUUUGAAAGUAGAGGUUCUUCCGAAGACAAAUUUAAGGUUUCAGUAAUUGCUGCAACAACUUGUCGAUAUAUAUUUUGGCAAAGAUCAGCAUUAGAAUAUUUGUUUGUGAAAGAAACAUACUUAGCCACUGUAUUAGCUACUUUAGUUGCGAAAGAUAUAACCAUUAAACUUUACUCUAUGAAUAAUAAAAUUAUGACAGAUAAAGGAUCACAUUUAGAUAUCAGGUUACCAAGUAUUACUCCAGCCAUAGCAUCAAAAGAAUGUAAGCCACCAAUAGUGAAAACAUUAAAAAAACUAGCGGUGAUCUCAUCACAUUGUCCUAUAUCACCUAUACCAGCUGGUCCCUACUGCAGCUGACGUUAUAGCAGCUUGGCUGGCUGCUUUCUAGUGUGAGAUACCUACCUCCUACCUAAAAGUAAAACAAGAUUAUAUUAGUUGAUCAGUAUUAUUUUCAAAAUUCCUAGCCUGUGGAUGUAGAUGAUAUAAAUUGUUUUAGUUUUACCUAUAUUGAUUCCUGCAAGUGAAUGUGGUGUGUUUAUUGAGUAUGUAUUUUGCAAUUUUAAUAUAUUGUAAACUUUAGUGUUACGUUGUAUUUUGCAUGUAUAAAUGUAUUUUGCUCUUAACUAUCUGUUUUUUUAUUUUUACAAUGUAUAUGUUUUUAUAUAUUGUGUUUUAAAUUCUCUAAGUGCAGUAAACUACCGCUCUGAUUGUUCAGGAUGGCGACAAGGUCUGGUUUAUGAUGAGUACCUAGUUUAUUUUAUAGAUUAUAGUAUAUUUAUACAUUAUUUUAAACUGACCCAAUGAGGUUAAUAUUUACAUUACACAUGAUGUCAUGAUCUAUACUUACAUUUAUGAUUUAAAAUUAGGUAUAUUCAAUUAACAGAAUAUAAUAAUAGAAUAUAUUUGGUGAUCGCUUCACUGCCAUUUUGCUAUUCAGUAUAAUAUAUAUAUAUAAAAAAAAUUAAAUAAUAUAAAAGCAUUUAUAUUUUAUUUGGUAUACUUAAGAAAACAUCAUAUUAUGUCACAUGUUAAAUUGGAAAUAUUAAAAAACUAUAUUUGUUACAAUAAUUAGUUAGAUACCUACCUAUUUAUUAGACCUAAUUUAUAAUUACUAGGGCAGAGGACUUGUAAUAUUUGCAUAUUUGUUUUACACAGUCACAAAAAUAGCAAAGUGCGAAACGAAUAAGAUUCAUUCUUUCAUAAAGCUAGUUUUGAAAUUGUAUUCGCAAUUUUGCAUAUAAAUGCAUAUUUUGAGUUUUUUUUGUUUUUAGGGCAUAUUUCUUCAGUUUUAUACUUUUAGAGACAUAGUUUUAUUUAACUAACAAUUUUAUCAAUUUUUUCUCCCAUGACGUUUUUAUUUUAAUUAGCAUAGAACCAAAACAUAAAUGUACUUUUAAUUUUUGUCUUGGGUAUAUGUAAUAUAGUUUUUAUUGUCCGCAGGCAUAGGUACAUAAAAGCGCUAGAAGGUUAAAUUUUAUUUUUAAAAUGCAUAUUUUGGGUAUUCAAAUGUGUAAAAUUAAUAUUUUUUGUGACUUUUUAUGUUUACAAAUCAUCUGCCCUAAUAAUUACCUAUAAAUACAUUAACAAUUUGAAGGAUAUCAUGUAUUGCAUAUUUGCAUAAUAAUUACAUUAUACCUUCAUUUUUUCAUUUUCAUAAGUGUUAUAAAUUAUUUUAAUAUUAAAAAAAAAAUUACAGGAAAUGAUGUUCAAUUUAACGAAGUAAAAAUAAUAAAUACAAUUUUUUUUAAAUACUUACCUAAAAUAAUGAUUUUGUAAAAGUAAUGAUAAAUGUGUAGUAAAUCAUAUUAUUUUUAAUACAAUAGUCGAUAAAUCACAAAUCGGUUAGUAAAUAAUAAAAAAUAACUAGUUUUGUUUAAAUAUAUUUAUUAUUUAUAUAAAAAAAUUUAUUUUCAAAUAUUUAUUAUCUUACUUAUUUAUAAUAUAAAUAAAUUACUUUAACUGAUAUACCUACUUAGGUAUUUUGAUUAAUACAAAUAGAAAUUGUUAGGCUUGGUUUUAUUUAUUUUUAUUAGUGAAAAUCACCAAGUGCGAUACAUUGAUUAUGGAUAAAUGCCAGACAACCAACGGAAAAUUCAAUCGAAUGAACUUGGCCAAUGAAAUGGGUAACACAGGUGUGGAAAAUUGGCUUGAAAAAACUUCAAAAUAUCAUAGUUUG